UUGUGCAGCCCUUAAACUCACUUUCAUAUGCUGAGUACUAAGUGGUUGAUUUCAUCAAGUAGGGCAUGCCAAAAUCAUAUCAAUUGGAAAUUCUUUUAAGGUUGAACUUUCUUUCUUAGCCUAGAUAUUGUCAUAAUAUUUCUCUCCUCUCUUUGUAUUUUCACAAUUCCUCCUAUCUGGGAAGGAAUGGGAUGGGACAAAGAUCUACUGAUGGCAGUGACAAUUGCGAUGCGUAUUCGCGGCUUUUGGCAAGAGUUCUAGCUGCGUUCUCCCUCGGUUCCUGUGUCAUCUUUCUAAAGCUUUUUCUUUCUUGGCGGGUGCCGAUAGUUUAAUCUGAUUACAUUUGUUGUUUUUUGCUGAUUUGGCUCGCAUUUCGUCUUCAAUAGAAGUUGGGUGGUUGAGCUCUGGUGUGUGAUUUGAUCCGCAGAUUCUAUCCAUGCUUCUGGAUCGGUCCUGGAAUCCUGAUUUGUUGAACCGGCACAAGCAGGACCGAGAUGGCGGCAGGAAGCCAAGCGAUCAGCUGGAUGAGGGACUCGGAAUCGUUGCCGUAGAUGGCCAGAUACAUCUUGGUCGUGACCGCGCCGCUCAGACCCACGAACCCUUUCAGGAGACCCAGCAUCACGCCCCGCCCCUACGAGGGUGCCGGUGUUGGUGAAGUUCUGGGAGUUGGCGGCGACGCAGAUGUAGAGGCACUUUUGCCAGACGGCGGGGCAGGGGAUGAGGAAGUAGCCGGCGCAGUCACGGCGGAGGCAGUGAGGAGGACGAACCAGGUCGGGGUGGCCUCGGCGAUGAGGCCGGAGAGGACGCCGACGUUGGCGCCGAGGUCCUUGAAGUAUCCGAGGAGGUUGAGGGUUGUCUGGUCGAAGCCGAGGGAGGACUUGAUCUGCUUGGAGUUGAUGCCGAAGAGCUAGGCGGCGCCGAACAUGAUGAGGAAGGAGGUGAACACCGUGAACCACUGCCCACGAAGCAGGUGGACUGCAAACCGGAGCGCCUCGGAGCGGACUGGUCUCGGCGGGUCGGCCUUUGUUGCCGGAGUUGGUUUCGAAGUGAAGUGAGAGAGAGAGAGAGAGUUAUGAAAUUAUUUGGAAAUGCAGAGUUUGCUUUGCUACCAAUAUAAAAUGGAUGUGAUGUUCGA